AUGGCGCACUCUGUUGUCACAGCUCCCCUUGGUGUGGCUCCGGAACGCUCGUUGGACAACCCUACCAUCUGGGAUGGCUACCAGCACGUCGAAGUCCUCACCCGGGACCCAACGCCCGGCGGCAUCUGGUCUGCUGGUCGAGUGUACGAAGGACUGAUCAUCAACAAUAUCCAGGGGGAAUAUAGGUUCUCCAACCUCGACACGCCUCCGCCUUCCUCGGCUUCUAGUGACCGUCGUCUAUCCGGUCAGGAUUUGCAGGCGUAUAUGGCGAAAUUUGUCGAGUUAUUUCUUCCCGAUAGAAUCAGGUAUAACACGGAAGUGCUCAACGUCCGGGCCACAGCUAGAGGCGGAGAAGGUCUACCCCACGGUGAUGAUCACGUCUGGGCUGUCGUGAUUGAGGACACAAGGACCAAGAUCGUAGAGGUCCUCGAAUAUGACAAGUUGGUAUUGUGUAGCGGAGGCUGUAGCGAGCCGCAUUAUCCGCUGAGACUGAGUCCCAAGGAGGCGCGUCUGAACGGGUUCCAAGGUCCCGUCAUCCACUCCAGCGACUAUGGCGCGCGCAUGCAAGAGCUACUAGACGCCGUGAAACCCGCAUCUGAAGGCGGAGGGACCAUAGUAGUCAUCGGUGGCGGCAAAUCAGCAUCAGAUAUGCAGCCCACAUGGCAGACAAAGGACGGCGAGUCACCAUGGUCUUCACGACUAUUGAUGCGGCAGUCGCUGUGCCUAUUACCAUGCCCAAUUGGUUCGCGAGAGGCAGAUUCUUCUCUGCGUUGUCACCUCACUGAGCUCCGCACAUCGAUGGAACGAUUUCUGCAUACGACAUGGCUUGGUGGCAAGAUUGUCCACGGCUUCUGGGAUGCCUACAAUGGCUUGCGACUCACCCUUGAGACGUGCUCCCAAAUUGUUCUGGGCACGCAUGCGAACAACCAGGGGUCUGGCGCCUUAGGGCUCUUCUACCGAUUGGUCAACGAAGGCGCCAUUGACAUCAUUGCUCCCGCGCGGGUAAUGUCAUUUUCGGAGGAAGCCCAGGCCGUGAUUCUCAAUGAUGGGCGAAUGGUGCGUGCCGAUGCGGUCGUACUCGGUACCGGUUAUACGUCUUCGUGGAACAAGCUGUUCGACGAUACGGCCUUGCAGGAGCUUGGACUUGGUUGCCACGCGCCCCAGCCAGGCAGCCAGUACUACCGAUGGGACUACACGACCCUUGUAGACUCUCCCGCCCCUCAUCAUGCCAACAAGCUGGCAACCUCGUCGAUCUAUCGGGGAUUGGUACCGGCCAAGAACAUAUUUCGUAGAAACUUCGCCAUCAACGGUGCUAUUUUCACGACGAACGCUGGAUACGCGUUUGAGACUUCGGCCCAUUGGAUCACGUCGUACUUCCGCGGAGAUAAAUUCCUGCGGCUCCCCUCGUCUGUUGAGGAAGCCAUGGCUAGCGCGGCGUACAACGCAGAGUGGCUCCGGAGGCGGUACCCCGAUAUACACAUGUCAGCAAACAACAGCGUCAGAAGCGACUGUGCGCUAUGGUGCUGGCCACAAAUUCUUGAUACGUUAUUGGACGAUAUGCAACUGCAGACGAUGAGAAGCGGUGGGAAUGCUCUGACAUGGCCAUUUCAGGUGAUCGACGUGAAGGAAAUCGCACACCUCAAGGAGGAGCGAGAGGCUUUGAGAGGUUCGAUGUCAUGA